AAUCAAUCAUUUUUGAAAUCGGAAUGAUCUGUUUCGGCUUUUGGAUAUCACGGAAAAAAUAAUGGGUUCGAAUCAUUGAUAACCAUCGAAAAUUGUCGACAAUCGAUAUAUCGAUAUCGUUGCACGCAGAUGGUCGUGGUGUUGAUGAUGAUGCCGUUGUUUGUUGAUGUGGUUUAUAUUUGAUUUUGCUAUCAUCAAUUAUCUUUAUUUAUAUGGUUUUAUCAUAAUAAAAGUCAUCAUCAUCAUCAUCAUUCAAUUCAAAAUUACUAAAAAUUACAAAUAUAAAACCUAUCAUCAUAUUCUUUAGCAUAGUCAAAACAAUUUAAUUUCAUCAGAAAAAUCAGUUUCAAUGGAAUUGCAAUCCAUGAUUUCAUCCGGCACAAUUUAAAAAUACAUACAAACACAAGCAUAUGUUGUCAAGUACUUACGUCACCUUUUUGGUAUCGUUAUUAUUCAUCAAAUGAUAUCUAUCAAUUGUUAUCAUUGUAGUUUCCGUUUUGGAAAUGACAAAUCAAAACUUUUUCAUGUAUGAAAAAUGAAACGGCAAGAAAAUACAGACAACGUUAAUUCAUUGCCAUAAUGUAUUUUAAUUUUUAUUUGAUUACAAUUGUUGUUGACAUAUUAUAUUAUAUAAAUUUUAUUUCUUUUAUUGCUGGACAUCAGAAUAAGAAAAAAUGAAUGAAAAUCGAAUAUCCGAUUAUUUUGUUGUAUCUGGGGUGGCCGAAACUGAUCGCCAUUAUGAAUCAGCAUAUCAGCCAACAUUGGAUCCAAUAACGGACAUAACUGUGAUAAAUCGUAGCCAGGAACCAGUACCACAUGGAUAUUAUUGUGUCGAAAAAACUCCAUAUGAUCAUGAAGCCAAUCUCAAUCAUGGUAGUAUUCAAGGAUCAAAAUUUUUCAUCUGUUUUAAACGUGGUCGUGACAAGCCACCAUUAUUGGAUAUCGGUGUUUUACAUGCUGAAUGUGAAACAAUGAGUCCGGAAUGUAAAAUGAUAAAACGUACUCCAUCUGGGUUUACUGCAAAUUUAAAUACGGUUGGAACGACAAAAAUAUAUUUAACAUAUAGACGUUCAACAAAAAUGACACCUUACAAUCAACUAGUUGUCACAGAUAUUUGCGUUAUAUUGACCAGUAAAAAUGAAUCUCCUCCACAUGCAUUUUGUUUGAUUGAAAAAAAUUUAAAUAAGGGCUAUCUUGCAUUUAGAUCUGAUGCAUAUUUAUGCUAUAAAAAAUGCAUGGAUCGGCCUCCACAUCUUUUAUACAACCCAAUUAUCAUCGAUCGUUUCCCAAAUGAAGAGAAUCCACAGUAUCCAUUGCCACAAAAUUUGCCUUUGUUUUGUCUUCCAAUGGGCGCAUCAAUUGAAUGUUGGCCCAAGAAUGAUUCGAUUGGUCUUUCAUAUUCAACGUUCAUAUUGACCACAAGCGUGGGCACUAAAAUUUAUGGAACCUUGUUGAAUUAUUACGAAGAGAUUGAGCCAAAUUUGUUGACCAAUGAUGAAUUGAUACAACUUGAAUUUGUAGAUGACCCUAAAGAUGAAGAAAAAAUUGCAAAUGCACUAGAAGAAAAAAGUCUGCAAAGAAUAAAAUCAAUGUGUAUCUUAUCUCAGUGGCCCUUUUUUAAUCAGUUUAAAAAUUUUUUGAAUUUUAUAUAUCAAAACUUUAUCUGCAAACCUUCAACCGUUCCAAUUGAAUUCUAUGUGUUUCAUUUCAUGAAGAGCAUUCCUUUUCCAACACCGGAUCGUCCAAACAUAAUGGUCAAUCUUGGUGCAUCAAAUGAUGAUUUACUUUUUUCACAUAAUUUCGAUGAUUUUCCCAUUCCUUCGAACGGAGCUUCAUUCAAAAAAUUAUUACAAAAUCUUGGAGCUGAUAAUUGUCUCUAUUUAUUAUUAUUCAUGUUAACUGAACAGAAGAUAUUAAUUCAUUCAUUACGAUUGAGUAUUUUGACAGAAAUCGCUGAAGCUCUUGUAUCAAUGAUAUUUCCAUUCAAUUGGAAUUGUCCAUAUAUUCCACUAUGUCCGUUGAAUUUGGCCGGUGUUCUCAAUGCUCCAUUACCGUUUAUUGUCGGCAUUUAUUCACAGUAUUUUGAUUAUUUUGAGCCACCAUCCGAUGUAAUAUCGAUAAGUUUAGAUACACGAGCUAUUCAUAUAUCUGACACGAAAAGAAUGCUCAAUUUGGAUAUAUUGCCCCGAAAAAAUAUAAAAUUUCUCAAAGAAAAAUUGGAGGAAAUAACGAGAAAAAUUGAUCAAAGUGUUAAAAGCAAAGAACGUGAUGGAAACAUAAGAAGAAAAUUUGACAAACAAAUAGAGAUCGAAAUUCAAGAAGCUUUCCUUUAUUUCAUGGCUUCGAUAAUGAAAGAUUUUCAACAUUAUCUAAAACCGAUUACCGCUGCACCUAAAGUUGGAGCUACUGAUCCAACAACAUUGUUUGAUUUUGAGGGCUUUCUUCAAGCACACCAAGCGAAUAUUGGUUUUUAUAGUCAACUAACGAGAACACAAAUGUUCACCAAAUUUAUUGAAGAACGAUCGUUAGUAUCUGAUAAGGACAUAAGUCUGGCAUUUUUCGAUGACUGUAUCGAAAAGGUUGAAAAAUAUGAGGAUAUGAAUCUUAAAAGAAUUUCCAAAUUGAAUUUAAUCAAUUUCGAAGAUCGUGGAAAAUCCUCUAAAACCGUGUUCAUUUCAUUACCAUUCCUUAUAAAUGAAACUGAUCAUCAAGAACCAAAAUUUUUUGAUGGACGAUUUAAAAAAGAUUUGUUUAAAAAAUUUCAGGCAAAGUUUCCUAUAAAUGAAAACGUCGCUGAUAUGAACCCGGUCAUAAAUUCAUUUGUCGAUUGUACAGAUUCACCGGCAAUGACUACAGCCAAAUUCGAUUCGGAAUUACAAUGUUACAUGUUUACUCGAAGAGCUAAACAUGAGAUAUUGAAAGCACAGAGGAUUGCACAACAAUCAUCUCGAUCUGCAAGUGAAUGGGCUAAAUGUUUACUUAUAAAUGCUUACAGUUUAUGGUUCACACAUUUUCCAGCAUUUUCCUAUUCCUUGAUCCAAAUGCAAAAAUCAGAUCCAAAAUCAAUCAAGCCACUGUCAAUCGCAUACCAGGCAUUACAACGUAUGCAAACGAUGGAUUUUUCUGUACCAGAUGAAUCUUGUUAUCGUAUCCUAAUGAUUCUUUGUUGCAUACAUAAUCGUCCUGCAUUAGCCGUCAAAAUAUUUUUGGAUAUGAAAAAAUACAAAGUUAAACUUAAUGCAAUCACUUAUGGCUAUUAUAACAAGGCUGUUUUAGAUGGAAACUGGCCCACUGAUUAUGGUGAUUUUAGACAUAAAAAAUCCCGAUGGAUUAAGCUCUACAAUGUGAUGCGGGUUGCAAUGCAUUUCAAGAUAAAAUAUCUUGAUACUGGAAAAACUACCGAAUCUUCAAAUUCAUUAAUUGGGUCUUUGAAUGAAAAUAUUGUCAGAAAAAAAGCGAAAUCUCUUUUCUCGACUAAAACUGGACAAACUUCAAUGAUUGUUGAUCAUUGUUCUAGUGCUGGAUUAUUGUGGAUUUCCGAUCGAAUCGAUUCUUCCAUUGCAAAAUCUAACUUUGGACUUUAUCAGAAAAAGUAUAAAAGUUUUGUUGAUGUAAACAUCACUCAAGAAGAAUUUGUUGACAUAUUAAAUGAUUUAAAGACCCUUAGAAAUAAUCAAAUUAAAAUUGUACCAGAAAUGAAUUUGAAAGAAUCUGCAUCUGAAGUAUCGGUUAAAGCUGGCUCAGAAAAUGAUAGUGUUUCGGAAAUGAAACUUUUCUCAAAUUCGUUCGUGACACCAUUAAAAGAGACAUUGGUCAACAUGGAUUUCAGCAAAAGUCCUGUUGCUGACAAAUUACGAUCCAGUUUUCGUAUCGCAAAAAAUUUCACUAGAUCUCGAUACAACGCAAAAUCAAAUAAUGUUCAUGCAAGCCCUCCGCGAUUACCUCGAUCAUCGACAUUACCACAAACAUUCCAAACAUCAACUCCAGUAAAUGAAAUGUCGAUGAAAUCGCAAUUUCAAAAUUAUGGAAUGAGUUCACCAUCCGAAUAUUUCUAUUCUACAGUCAAAUCAAUUGGUGGCAGGAUUAAUGAAUUUAAAUUAUCAUUAGGAACUUCUAGUAUGAAUUCUCCAGUCAAAUUUACUAUGAUGAAUGCCGUCACUUCUCGCUUGAGUCUAAAAAAUGAUGAUGAAAAUUUAAAUUUGUCAAUAGAUAAUUUGCUAGACCAAUUUGACGAGAAUUCGUUCAAUAUGGGCAAAUAUCAACAUGUUUUGAAUGAAUAUUAUACAAAAUCAUUGGAAUUAUUUCAAACAGAAGAAACUUUAUCAUCGACUUCAACGAUUGACCGAAUUAUUUGGAAUGUCGAAAUGAUCUCCUGCACAAUUUGUCGUGGCUGUCAAUCAAUCAUCUAUGAUGAAGAAAUCAUGUCCCAAUGGCUGCCCGAUGAUUCUAAUCUCAACACUUGCUGUAUUCACUGCAAAGCAACAUUCGUACCAUCUUUGACUAUUUACAUUGAGGAUUAUCGGUGCAUAAAUGAUCAACAGCCACUGUCUGGUCAUUCAUUGGAUCCUAUAUCUGUACCUUAUCUUAGUCCAUUGGUGUUGCGCAAAGAAUUGGAAAACAUAUUGAAUGGAGAAAGCUAUUCUAGUCUAAUUCUGCCAAAAUUUGUUGAUGAUCAUCCAAUCGUUUAUUGGAAUCUUGUUUGGUACUUUACUCGAUUAAAUUUCCCAUCACACAUUUAUGAAUUAGCAUUGUGUGCAACAAGCUUAAAUUCUCCUGAAUUCAUCAAGAUAUCUAAUCAAUAUGGCUAUAAUUUCAAGAAUGUUUGUGUUACUUGUAUGUGGGAUAAUGAAAAAUUCUAUCAAAAUAUUCCGUUACAUCAACAAUGGUUAAAAAUGAAAAAUGCCGAAUUAGAAACCAUGAGUCCAGAAAUGUUGGAUUUUAAAAAUCUUUGUCAACAAUUGAUCCAAUUAAUCAAAGAACGUGAAUUGUUUAAGCCAAUACAGUUUUUGAUUUCAGAACGGAAUAAACUCAAAAAACUGCCCGGAGUGGACCUGAAAAAUUUGAAUAGCUUGUAUCGAGAAUUGAUGUUUUUAAAUUUGAUACAAGAUCCACCUGCACUCAGUGUCGAUUCAUUUGAUGAAGAAUAUCGAUCAGCAUUUGAAUCAUUAACAAAUAAAGAUAAAGAAUCAUUGAUCCGCAUUGACAAUCCACUACCUAAUGGUGCAAUAUAUUGUCGAAAUUUGUUCAAACCACUGGCAUUGAUUCGACCACCGCCACCAACUUGAUCAACUAUAAGAUGUUAUAUUUUUAUCAUUUGUCUAAACAUUAAUUAUUGUUUUUUUUUAAACAAAAACUUUUGUAAAUUCCUUAUUUUGCAUUCAUUCGACAUUGCAAAAAAUGAAUUUUAAUUCAAUUUUUUUUGGAACUUUUUUUGAAUAUAAAAUCGAAGAAUAGUUUGGGCAUA